AUGUACGGCACAUCUGGCGCAACCUCGCCCAAACCUGCAGUAGGACCCUCAUCAUCGUCAUCAUCCUCAGGACCAGCUUCCACUUCAUCUUCUUUAGGCUACUUUUGCAUCUACAACCCUGAAUUUGGACCUACUGACGAGACACAACAUGAACAAUUACUCUAUUAUGUGGCUCGAAAGACCGUGUCCAUGGAUGUGAAGAUGCGAAAUAUUGGUUUAGCACAAGGACUGGUCAACUUUGCACGGAUAUUCUCACCCACGGCCCCAUGCGAGAACGUGCAUUCUCAGAAAAACCGACUGGUAUUUUAUGAAGCCGAGCCAGGAUAUUGGCUGCAUUUGUGUAUAGAACUUGGAACAAUCAGACGAUCUAUUAAGGGUGCUGAUGGAAAGUACCGCGUGGUGAUUGAAUAUUUAGAGCAUGAGAUCCAUGAUGCAAUUGUUUCAGCACUACUUCGACAGGCUUAUGCGAUGUACAAGGUUGCCAAUGGAACUAUGGAAAGUCUCGUCAUAGCACAUAAUGGGAAUACAAGACCAUUACAGCGGCGACUAGAAGAGUUUUUCGAAUCCUGGGUCCUUGGUUGGAAUUUUGAGAAGGACAUGACAUUGGAACGAGCCUUGGAUGGGAUUCAUUAUUUGCCACUGAGUAAAACAGGAGUCGGGUUCCAGAAUAUUGAUCAGAUCGUGAGGAGUGUACGAGAGAGAUAUAAAGGACUGAUAACACAUUCUAUGAUAACGUUCGAGGACCAGCUGGUGGCCAGUGAUAUUCGAGAUGAAGACCUCAAAGCGGUUUGGAACCAUGUGUUACAAAUAACCGGAUACGAUAGUGCAAGCAUGAGCUCAUUAUUAGACCGACGGGAAGAAGAAGAAGCACGGAAGCGAAAGCAAACUUCCACAUUUAGAUUCGGAAAAUCAUGGUCCAACACCAGCAUUUUUGGAUUUUAUCGGUCAUCCCCUUCAGCAACUACACCGCCUUCAACACCGCCUCUUCGUCCUGCUUCACGUGUCAGCUCGCCAGCACCAUCUAUUCGGAGUGUUGAAGGCAUUACUAUCCCGGGCAGUUCAAAUGCAAAUACACUCUCAGCGCCAGAUAUAAACACCGCUGGGUCAAGUCCUCGACCAUCCGGGGAGUCUGAGGCACUGCUGACGGCAGGUGGCAAAGCUCAGGUGAAUCCUCUUUGGUACGGGCAGGAUGCUAAUAGUGAGGAUGUUGAGGAACAUUUGGGAAUUACAUUCAAGCACAAAAGUGGACUCAACAUAUGCUUUUUUGCGUCUCUAGCAAAUUCAGCGUCGCAACAGCUGAUUGACAAUCCGGAGCAAUUUACACGAGAGCUAGAAGAGUUUCUAUCGGGAAUGAUCUAUGACCCUCCAUUACUGGACCCCAAUGGUAGCGGCAGUAGUAAUAGCAGUGAAAGCAUUAUCACGCGAUCGCUUCUUGAGGAAGUCGCAAGACAAAUGGUGAAGGAGUCAAUCACAGCACGCACACUAGGGGGCGCAUUUUCUCCAGGAAGUAAUAAUGGCAAUGGAAGUGGAGGGGGCAGUGGAAUCGAUAAGGAGAUCCGAUUUGUAUACUUUAACAAAAUGAAUUUGGCAAUCAAGGUACAGUUAGGAUCUACAACUGGCAGAGGUGGAUUCACUAUUGGAUCCGAUAUGGCAUUGUCAUUAUUAGACAUCAAACAAGACUUUGAUCGUAUGCCGGGUGCUUCAGAGAUCACGACGCGGUCGCCUUCCAACCAUUGGAUUGUGGGCAAGCGGUUCGAAGAUCGUGAAGUGUACAUGAUUGUAUCUCGCAAAGAUAGCACAUUGGUAGAAGUGGAAGAUGAAGUCCGUAAGUUGACUUCAUUAUAUUUUAAUAAUACUGGCAUGCCAGCGUCGUCAACCAUGACAACAACCGCGGUAUCUUCUAGCAGGGCACAUGUGCAUAGCUCUCCCACGAUAGAAAAUAACUAGACUUUUCCCGACACAUCAAAUAUAAUAUUGUGCAAAAUGGCUAAUGUAUGC